AUGGGUGGUCACAUGCCUACAAGCAGAGGAACACAUGGUAGCCUAUUUAUGGGUGGCCGCAUGCCUACAAGCAGAGGAACACAUGGUGGCCUAUUUAUGGGUGGCCACAUGCCUACGAGAGGUGCUGCAAAUGGUCCACCGAUCCAUGGAGGAGCUCGUGGUGGACAUCAUCAUAUGAAUCCAGGUGGUCAUCGAGGUACAGUGGCUGAAUUACAUGAAGCACAAAAAUUAUUAGGAAAAGCUAUGAAUACAGAUAUUGAAUCUGAUUAUGAUCCAGAACAAGAAAAUAAAAUGAAAACAAAAAUCACAACAAUUGUUAAAAUACAAUCAAAACCAACAAUUACAAGUUUAUCAAAUAUUCCGUUUGGAGGUUUGGGAAAAGCAUGUAAAAAUGUAACUAUUAAUUCGCAAUCAAAAAAUGCACAUAGUACAUUAGGUGCUAGUGAUAAUCUUCGUUAUUUAAAACAAACAAUUAAUAAUUAUGAUAGUAAUGCUUGUGAAAAUUUAAGAUUAUCACCACAACGACAACAUAGCAAACAGUCUACUCCACCAAAUACAACCAUAUCAACUCCAUCAUCUACUUUUAUGGUUGAUACACAACAAUUGGAAUAUGAUGACGAUGAUGAUAGUGAUUAUGAAAAUAAACCACCACGACGAAAGCCAUCAAAUCAAACAACACCAUCUUCAUCGUCAAUAUCAAUUCUUCAAACACCAAAACCAUUAGCUGGUCGAAAAAUUCUUGGUACAAAUGAUGAUAAUGAAUAA